AUGGCGGCAACAAAUGAAGGUAGUCUGGAUGUGGACUGGCUGCUCCAUUCUAAGAAAGAGCACCCCCAACAUGUCGGGAAGAAGCCCAGCCGACAGCCAGCAUCUCGAACUCACAUUCCUCCGAAGAUCGAUCACAUCGAGCCAACGCCACCACACACGCCAACAGAGAAGGCAGAGUCAAUAGAGCCAACGCCACCAAAUCCAUCUAAUCACGAAGAGGACUCUAUUCCUCCGGACCAGAAGCCCAAAGAGAAGCCCAAAGAGAAGCCCAAAGAGAAGUCCAACAAAGAGAGGGGAGACGCUCUACAGUUUGCGGCGGAGAAGAUCGUUGGGUCGACGCAUCAUUCACGCCCUCCCUUGGCGAGAGGACCAAGUAAUGAAGAUCCCAAAAAAAGUCUCAAACCUGGUGCUACAAAUAAGAAGGAUGGCAGAAGAAGCUCCUGGAUAGCAAGCUUCAGUUCGAAGUUUUCGUCGUCGAAUUCCCCACAAACAUCUCGAAAUUCCAGUGUUGAUAGUGUUUCCGUUGCAAACGGAUCUGGCAGCCCACCGCAACCCAGCCCUAAGAUCGAGCUGACCAAUCCUUUCAACAAGGCUCAACCAGUCAAGGAUGGACAGAAGGAGACCAAGAAAGACGAGAACAAACCCGCCCCCGUCGUUCAUACGCCGCGCAGACAAUCUGUCCUUGUGGCUGCUGGAAAGGAAACAAAAUUGGACCAUCCUGGAUUUCUCUCCAGCGCUCUUCGCAGGUUGUCAUCCUCCACCAACGCCAACAUGGGAAAGGGUACUAAUAGUGGUGCCGUCUGCCCACGAAAGGUGAUGAACAUUGACCAAAAUCGUGAACGGAUCAAAAUCGGCGAGUUCGACCAAAAUAAGCUCAAAAGGGUAGCAUUUUGUGUGGACGUAGAAAUAGCCGGGUUUGCGUCUCAAGCAGACGAGGAGCCUGAGCAACUCACUCGCCCUCCUGUGUCAAGUGCCCAGAAGCAGACUCACGGAACCCCAGAGAAUCAAGCAACCGAGAAGAAGGACUCCAAGGAUGCCCGAAUGAAAGAUAAAGGAGAGGGUGCAGCACUGAAGAAUCCCUCCGCUGCCAGUGAGGAGAAGGAGGAACUUGGUCAGACUAAGAUUGACACCCAGAUCGAGGCCGAUGAGGCUAAGCCCUCAGAUGCUGCUCCUGACAAGGAGGGUCAUUUAUCACCAGACUUUCCAUCCCCACUGCCUGGGACGCGCAAAAAGGAGAAGAAGAAGCGCUCCGAGGCUGAACGAAAAGAGCGCAAAGAGCGAAAGCGGAAACACGCCGAGGCCAAUGGUUUAGUUCCGCUGGAACUCACAAGAGAAGAUUCGGACUCGGACUCAAGCCCGAGUAACACUCCUGAAGGCACCUCGACUCCUAGAAGAUCUGGUGAGGGGCCCACAACCGACCCUCUUCGUAUCUACAAACGAUGUUGUCAGCUUCGAGAAACGACAGUUCUGAGUCGCAUGAAGGAGCAGAUCUCAAAACCAUCCGCCACUUUAGCGGAAGCACCGGGCACGGUCGCCGUCAUGGACCUUACUGGCAUGCAAUUCCAACUGCAGGACAUUGUCACACUCGGUGACUGGCUUGCUGUUGUGCCGGUGCGGAAGCUGAUUCUAGAUGGAUGCGGCCUUACAGACGAAGGUGUUCGAGUGGUCUUGUCCGGCCUUUGUGGCUGUAAAUCAGCAGAACAGGCCCGCCAAAACAGAAAAUUACCCAAACGGCUGAGCGGCAAGAAAGGCACUGAACAGAUGGGUAUGAUAGAACGACUUUCGUUGAAGAACAAUCCCAACAUUACGAAUCUGGGCUGGAAGCAUAUUGGCUUGUUCAUGCAUAUGUCCAAGUCACUGAAAGCUAUCGAUCUCUCGGGCAUUCCCUUUCCCAAAAACGGAGAUCUCUCCCGCACCUCGUCGACCACCAGCUCGCUGAGUACCAACUCGACCGAUCCUACUCCCAAAUCUACCGAUGUGGGUUCCCUGAUUGUUCGUGCUCUUGCUCAGCGGUUAGGCGAUAAGCUGGAAGAGCUUGUGCUGAGUGACUGUGGCCUUUCAACAGCGAAUGUUCGUGACAUUGUGGACUGUGCAAUCAAAGUCAAGAUCCGGCGACUUGGUCUUGCGGAAGAUAAUCUGAACGAAGAAUCUCUUGAGCAUGUGGCACGAUACAUCAAAUCAGGUGCUUGUGAGGGCCUCGAUCUCGGUGGCAAUGAUCUUCACGGCAUCGGGAAGAUCGUGGCAGAUGCUCCUGAUGCUGACAAUCCGUUGUUUGCUAUAAGUCUCUCGAAUUGUAACUUGGAUCCUCACGAUCUAAGUACUAUUCUCAGUCCGUUCUCCAAGCUGACGAACCUGAAGUUCAUCGACUUGUCCCGCAAUAAAGGCAUGUUUGAGAACAAGCCGGACGCAGUCCCAAUCCUUCGAAAGCUUCUCCCGAGAUUACAUCCUCUAAGGCGUAUCCACCUGAACGAUGUGGGAAUGACACCCGAUCAAGCUAUCGCCCUGGCUGAAAUUCUACCUGAUUGUCCUGCAAUGGCACAUCUUGCCAUUCUAGAGAACGAGCCUUUGAUGCUUGCUAUGAACUCCAAGAAAGGAACUGCGCAGGAAGAAGCUUGCGCAGUAUUUGCCUCUCUAAUGACUGCAGUCAGGGUGUCUGAAACUAUCGUCGCUAUUGAGAUUGAAGUACCGAGUGCAGAAAGUAGCGAAGUGGUCAAGGCUUUAGCCUCGCAAGUUGUCGCUUACAGCUUACGAAACAUGGAACACACGACACUUGACGAGGUUGGCGUGAAAGCUGCUGGCAAUGCAAAUGCAGAUGCUCCCGAGGUUCUACUUCAACUGGUUGGCCAUAUGGAUGGUUAUCCGGUCAACCAUAAUCAGGAUGAGCCCGCGGCACCUGAUGAAGACUACAUGAUAGCCUCGACAGGAAUUGUGAAGGCGCUUGGGAUCUGUUUGGGAAGCAAGGAUACUAAUAGCCGUUCACACUCAAGAAAUAUUACUCCUACCGCGAGCGGCACUGCUACUCCACGGCAGGGUGCCGCUCGAAGGAAAGACAUGUCGAAACCUCGAGAUGUGAGCUUAGAACUUUGUGAAAGUGCCAGAAAGAUCAGGAUGAGGCUGAGACCUGUACUGGUCAGAGAGGAUCAAGCUGGAAACGAUGCGAAUUACCGUCAGUUUCGAAAUUCCGUCUUCAUUCCCCGUACUGACGAUUGUGCAGGUCGAUUAUUGAUGCUUGAUCAAACGCUGCAACGGAUGAUUCAGCGCUUUGAAGACGAGUAUCCUGAGACCAAGGUGCCUGAUCCCUUUCCACCAGUAUCAAAUGGAAUCCCGUCACCCGACCCAUCAAUGGCCGAUGCGUCCAUGCUGUCGGCUUCAGUCGACUCAAACGGGCUAGCUACAAUCAACUCGGCUGAAGAGUAUUUCCCGAGCGAGGAUGGGUCGACGGCAGGUCAGCUGCCCGCGAAACUGUCGCGAACACCUUCAAACACAUCUCUAGCAUCGAAACUCUUCACCGACGAGGAGGGUCGGAUGCACCGAUUUGGACAGAACCUUCGACGAGAGAUCCUCAAGCCGACCGGGGUGGACGACCACCUUCACGGAACAAGUACAAGCGACAGACCUGAGUCCGAAUCACUAGCAGCUCUUCGAGCUCGAUUAGAAGAACUCGGAGGGGAUGAAAUCCGAGAAAAGGUCGAACACGAUGGCGUGGACAAUGUCGUCCGAGAGCUUGGCAUCAACGCCCAAGAACUCUUGAUGAUGAAACAUCAAGACCCGGAGGGCUUCGAGGCGUUUCGAAGUUCGCAGCUGGCUGCGCAGAUCAAUGCUGGCUACAUUGAUCGGGAUGAGAAGGCUGUGCAUGAAGGAUUAAGGAAUGACGCAAACUAG